AUGUCCCCACGCCUACCCUACACAUCGCCGUGGCGGCGGCCCGCCAUCCUGCUCGCCGCCCUCCUCCUCCUCUCGUGGUCGCUGCCCGCACACGCAGAGCGAGACGCCGGCGUCGACGAGUCCAUCCAGAGGAUACGCCAUGGGCCGGUGCUCCCCCCCGAUCCCACGGGCACGGGGUACAAGAGAGCCCCCCGUCAAGACGGUACCCACGACCCUCUCCAAAGGCGGAGCGAGCUCGGCGGUAACCAUGACACAAGGGCGGGCGGCAAUCACCAACCACACGGCCUCGACGCCCAGGGACGUGGCGACCCGGACGCUCGCCGCGCCGGCCGUCGAGACGCGCCUGGCCCCGCGCCAAUACCGGCCUACACGCCCGUCGUGACGCCGGCGCCGGACCAGGACGCCGUCCUGGCGAGCCAGGGCUACCGCCAGCUCACGUACUAUACUUGCAAUACUGUCGGCGGCAACGAGCACUGCGGCUGGCAUGUGCCCGUCGUCAAGGCCCAGGGCGUGAGGGGGGAUUCCGCCACCGUAUGGGUCGUUGUUGGGUGUUUGGCCGGCGUGUUUGCCCUGGGCUUGAUGUAG